GCGCGGGGCGGAGCGGCCGCGGAGCUGGAGUAGCAUGUGGGCGUUCGGAGGUCGCGCAGCCGCGGGCUUGCUGCCCCGGACGGCGUCCGGGGCCUCCGCCUGGGUCGGGAACCCGCGCUGGAGGGAACCGAUCGUAACCUGCGGCCGCCGAGGCCUACAUGUCACAGCCAACGCCCGCGCCACCCGCCACGCCCGUUUGAACCUCCACUACCUCCAGAUUCUGAACAUCAAAAAGCAGAGCGUCUGCGUGGUGCAUUUGAGGAACUUGGGGACAACCAAUGACAACCCAAGCUCUCUAGACGAGACAGCGUAUGAAAGACUGGCUGAAGAGACCCUGGACUCCCUGGCAGAGUUCUUUGAAGACCUUGCAGACAAGCCCUAUACCCUGGAGGACUACGAUGUCUCUUUUGGGGAUGGCGUGCUCACCAUUAAGCUGGGCGGGGAUCUAGGGACCUACGUGAUCAACAAGCAGACCCCAAACAAGCAAAUCUGGUUGUCUUCUCCUUCCAGCGGCCCCAAGCGCUAUGACUGGACCGGGAAGAACUGGGUGUACUCUCAUGACGGAGUGUCUCUGCAUGAGCUGCUGGCCAGGGAGCUGACUAAAGCUUUAAACACCAAACUGGACCUGUCUUCAUUGGCCUACUCUGGAAAAGGCACUUGACUGCUAGCCAGAUUCCAAGACAUUAAACACUGUCAGGUGAAGACCCCAGCUGCCUCCUGUAGCUGAGUGUCUGCCUUCCCAUACCUGCUCCUGAAGAUAGUCACACUGUGUGUGACAGCUCUGUGAAAAAAGUGUGUUCCCUCCCACCCUGUCCCCGGACCUGGCUCUUCAUUUCUACAGAGAAUUGUUAGGAUUAUGUUGUUUCCUCCCCAACAUGAGACCUCUGGUCUCUUAGAAAGUCUUAUAUGCCGGGCAGUGGUGGCGCACGCCUUUACUCCCAGCACUCGGGAGGCAGAGGCAGGCGGAUUUCCGAGUUCGAGGCCAGCCUGGUCUACAGAGUGAGUUCCAGGACAGCCAGGAUGGCACAGAGAAACCCUGUCUCAAAAAAAAAAAAAAAAAGAAUGUCUUACACCUUGAGUGCGUCCAUGACAUAACAGCUUCAAAAUGUCUUACACUGUGUGUGCUAAUAACCUACACCAUGUGUGCUAAUAACCUCCUGAAAAGGAAAAAGGCUCAGAGGGAGACAUGAGUCGUUCCCACUCUUCCAUUGUCUCUGAAAAGAUACUCUAAGAAGUAGCUUCUAAAUGUCCCCAAGACUCCAAGCAUGUACACUUCUGAGUCCUGAGCAGCGAAGAGUUAAAAGAAAUCAUCUUAAAA